CCGCCGGGCGCCGAGCCGCCGGUGCCGCCGCCCGCACCCAUGCCGGGCCCCGGGGGGCUCCUGCUGCUCGCCGCCGCGCUCGCCGCGGGCACCCGGCCGAGAGGCAGCGCCCGGCAGCCAGACCCUGCUCUGUGGUCAUCAAGCAGCGACAUCGUUCAUCCGAUCAAGGUUGACGAGAGUGGGUCCUUCCUGUCCUACGACUUGUCCCACCGAGUACUCCACAGAAGGUCUCUUUCCACCAAGAGCAAGUUCCUCACCUUCUAUGAAAUGCAUUACAAAGGACAACCCCUGAAAUUCAACCUGAGCCUCAACAACAAUCUCCUCGCGCCCGGGUUCGUCAGUGAGAGACGAUACGGGGGAAUCGCUGACGCCAAGAUCCAGUCUCACACUUACAACUCCUGCCAUAUGAUUGGGGAGGUUCAGAGCCGGACCCUGAAGGGAGGCCUGGCCGCGCUCAGCACAUGUGAUGGCCUGAAAGGCGUGUUUCGGCUCAUGAACGAGGACUAUUUCAUCGAACCAGUGGCCGCCAGCUUUCCCGAGGACAGGACGGCACAGCCCCACAGGAUAUACAAACGCCACGCUCCUGAGCACCGGGGAGAGCAAGGCGAGAGGCAGCCAGCGGCGUGGGCAGCCUGCGGCGUGCAAGAAUCUCGGGAAAAUCUGGAGAGGUCUGAGAAGCGGAGGGAGAGAUGGGAACAGAAACAAUACAGGAAGAGAAGAAUAAAGCAGCGCUCCAUCAGCAAGGAGAAGUGGGUGGAAACGCUGGUGGUGGCAGACACCAAGAUGAUAGAAUACCACGGGAGUGAGAACAUCGAGAAGUACGUGCUGACCGUGAUGAACAUGGUGGCAGGGCUGUUCCACCAUGCCAGCAUCGGGAACCCUAUCAACAUCGCCAUAGUGCGACUCAUCCUGCUGGAGACCGAAGAGGAGGAUCUGAAAAUCUCCCACCAUGCGGACAACACCUUGAAAAGCUUUUGCAAGUGGCAGAAGAGCAUCAACGUGAAAGGAGAUUCCCAUCCCUUACAUCACGAUGUUGCAGUCCUGCUCACAAGGAAGGACAUCUGCGCAGCGAUGAACAGGCCCUGCGAGACCCUGGGUCUGUCCCACGUGGCGGGGAUGUGCCAGCCCCACAGGAGCUGCAACAUCAAUGAGGACACGGGGCUGCCCCUGGCCUUCACCGUGGCCCAUGAGCUAGGACACAGUUUUGGGAUUCAGCAUGAUGGAAGCAGCAAUGACUGUGAGCCAGUUGGGAAAAGACCUUUCAUCAUGUCUCCACAGCUCCUGUAUGACACGUCCCCACUCACCUGGUCCCGCUGCAGCCGGGAGUACAUCACACGAUUCCUCGACCGGGGCUGGGGGCUGUGCCUGGACGACCCCCCUGCCCGCGAGGUGCUGGACUUCCCCCUGGUGCCCCCGGGCGUCCUCUACGACGUGGGCCAUCAGUGUCGCCUGCAGUACGGUGCCUACUCCACCUUCUGUGACGACAUGGACAGCGUCUGCAACACGCUGUGGUGCACAGUGGGGACCACGUGCCAUUCCAAGCUGGACGCUGCCGUUGAUGGCACAGCAUGUGGGGAGAACAAGUGGUGCUUCAACGGCGAGUGCGUGCCAGUGGGUUACCGUCCCGAUGCCAUCGACGGCAGCUGGGGGCCCUGGAGCUCGUGGGCUGCCUGCUCACGGAGCUGCGGCGCGGGCGUGCAGAGCGCCGAGAGGCAGUGCAGCAGCCCCACGCCGAAGUACGGGGGCAGGUACUGCCUGGGAGAACGGAAGAGGUUCCGGAUCUGCAACAUCAGGCCGUGUCCCCCCGACAAGCCGUCCUUCCGCCAGGUCCAGUGCAGCCAGUUCAACCCCAUGCUCUACAAGGGGAAGCUCUACAAAUGGACGCCAGUGCCCAACAACAUUAACCCCUGCGAGCUGCACUGCCGUCCAGAGGACGAAUACUUCGCAGAAAAGCUGCGGGACGCUGUCAUCGAUGGGACUCCGUGCUACGAAAUGAACGCCAGCCGGGACAUGUGCAUCAACGGCAUCUGCAAGAACGUGGGCUGUGACUACGAGAUCGACUCCAACGCGGUGGAGGACCGGUGCGGCGUCUGCCACGGGGACGGCUCCACCUGCCACACCGUCAAGAAGAUGUUCGAGGACAGCGAGGGGCUGGGUUACGUUGAUAUUGGGAUUAUCCCCGUCGGAGCCCGAGAGAUCCGCAUCGAAGAAGUCGCAGAAGCCGGCAAUUUUCUGGCACUGCGCAGUGAGGACCCAGAGAAGUAUUUCCUGAACGGCGGCUGGACCAUCCAGUGGAACGGGGAUUACAGGGUGGCAGGCACCACCUUCACCUAUGAGAGGACAGGGAACUGGGAGAACCUCACGUCCCCGGGGCCCACUGCGGAGCCCGUGUGGAUCCAGCUGCUGUUCCAGGAGACCAACCCCGGCGUGCGCUACCAGUACACCAUCCAGCGGCCGGCCGACAGCGAGAACGAGAUCGAGCAGGCCGAGUUCCUCUGGCGCUUCGGCUCCUGGACCACGUGCACCGCCACGUGCGGCACCGGGGUGCAGAGGCAGAUCGUGCACUGCGUGGAAAAGCUGGCCGGCAUUGUGGAGGAGCGAUACUGCGACGCGCUGACCCGGCCCGACGACCAGCAAAGGACGUGCAACGAGGAGCCCUGCCCCGCCAGGUGGUGGGUCGGCGAGUGGCAAAAGUGCUCGGCCACGUGCGGGACAUCGGGGCUGAUGAAGAGGACGGUGCUCUGCAUCCAGAGCGUGGGGCUGGACGAGCAGAGGGCCUUGCAGCAAGCGGACUGCCAGCACCUCUCCAAGCCAGAGUCCACCGCUCCCUGCCAUCGGGAUGUCCCCUGUCCCUCUCAGUGGGCCGUGGGGAACUGGUCAGAGUGCUCAGCAACGUGUGGCAAUGGAACACAAAGGCGCCCUGUGUACUGCAGCAAUAAUACCCAAGCGACUUGUGACCCUGAACAAAGACCCAGCUCGGAAACUAUUUGCUCCUUGCCACAGUGCCAGAUGAAAUUGGACAACGCCAACGCCGACUGGUCUGGCAGUGGCUCUUCCAGCAGAGAAAUGUUUAAUGAGAUAGACUACAUCGCCAAUAACCAUAUCACUGAAUUUAACCCCCUAAUUCCAAACAUCCCAGAGUCCAGUGAUGUCAAUAUCAUAACUGAGGAGGACUUCUCAUCCAGAAAAGGAAACGUCUUCGUUGAUGAUUUUUACUACGAUUAUAAUUUUAUCAACUUCCAUGAGGAUCUGUCGUAUUACCCCUUCACUGAGAAAGAAACCAAAAGCGAGGGCCCUAAGCCCGAGCUGAGCAGCAACGAUGUGGAGGAGCCUCCUGAGCUGCCCGCAGAUGUCCUGCACGCCGUGGAGCCAGGAGGAGGAGCAAAUGGGGACGAGCUGGUGAAGCAAAGCGAAGCAAAUGUUUCUGCUCCUGUGCACAGCGAAGGGGAGGCAGAGUCGGGGGGUUUAGUCGUCAGUGACCUCCUUGGCAUGGCCCCUGAGCACAGGGGAACCAGCACAACCGCUCCCAGCACGGCCACAGCUGCUCCCACAAGUGAUGAGGGGGGAGCAGUGCUCGUGCCCCGCUCCGAGGAGCUGCUGCCCACCCAGCCUGCGGCAAGUCGUGGCUCUCCCAGCAGCCUGGGUAACCUGCUCCCCGAUCAGCCCGCAGGUGCCGUGCUGGCAGGCACUGUUCCUGCGUGGGAUGCUGCAGCCCGCAGCCUCGCUCCCUGGGCUCCGGCUGCUCCCUCCGCGCCGCUGCCUGUUGACAGGGGCAGUGCUGGUGCAGACAGCACGUCCCACAGCCUGCAGCGCGUGGGAGAGCCUGGGAACAGAGGCCGUGCAAGCACGGCGGCUCCUGACAACGCUGCCAGCGCUGGGAAGGGCCGGGAAAACUCAUGGGAAACGGGUUUUGUCAUCACCAGUGAUGAUAACGGUGCUGCCUCCAAGACCGAAGAGCAGGAAGAGCUGGCAGAAAUACCAGCACCAGAGGGGACUGCGCACAUGCACGCGACAGAAGAGGGGACACGCAAUGUGGCAGAGGGGACCCGUCCGACCUUCCCCACCGCCCACAGACCGCAGCAGGAGGUGGGCAGGCACGCUGAAGGCGCUGGUCCCGUUGCAAGCCCCCAUCCUGCAGGUGCUACGAGGAGCCCCCCGUGGGAGGCAUGGCCGCAGGCGGGGCACCGCACCCCCCCGUCCCUCACCUCGGCCCCCUUCGUGGCCACAACCGCCCUGCCAGCACCCGUGUCCGUGUCCCCCGCCACGCCUGGGUCGCCCACCCGGCUCGCCUCCAGCGGCCUCACCCCGAGAGCUGCCCUGGCGCCAGCCCCCCCGGCGUCCCCAGCUCGCAGCCCUCCCGCAGGAACAUCGCCCCCUGAGCCCCCACCGGCGGCGUGGACCGAGGGGAGGCUGGGGGAGACGCGGGUGCUGCACCACCCGGAGCCAGCCGCCCCCCACGCCCCCCAGACCUCCAGCGUGGCCCAGAUCGGCAGCACCGCUCCGGGGCGGCGCUCCCCAUCGGCAGCCCCGGGGACAUUUGCUUACGGUGACGGGGACCAGGAGGGAUCCCAGCCCGCUCCCACCCCCCCGGGGCUCUGGGGGCAGGACGAGGCUUUGCUGCUGCCAUCCACUGCUGAAACAGCCACUGCGACGCCCAGCUGGGAGGUCGGCAGCUGGAGCGAGUGCUCGGCCACCUGCGGCGUGGGCGCGAUCUGGCGGAGCGUGCGCUGCAGCACCGGCACCGAGCGGCACUGCGCUGCUGCCAGCAAGCCCGUCCCCGCUCGGAGGUGCUCCCUGAGGCCGUGCUCGUCCUGGCGCGUGGGGAACUGGAGUAAGUGCUCCAGGAACUGCGGUGGAGGGGUGAAGGUUCGGGACGUGCACUGCAUCGACACCAGAGACCAGAGGCUCCUGCGGCCCUUCCACUGCCAGGCUGUCCUCUACAAACCGCCGACGCAGAUGCCCUGCCAGAGCGCGCCGUGCCUGGACUGGUACACGUCCUCCUGGAGAGAGUGCUCAGAGCCCUGCGGCGGGGGGGAGCAGGAGCGCCUGGUGACGUGCCCGGAGCUGAGCCGCUGCGAUGAGGCACUACGGCCCAACAACACCCGGCCCUGCAACACCCACCCCUGCACCAGCUGGGUGGUGGGCUCCUGGGGACAGUGCUCGGCGCCCUGCGGCGGGGGCGUCCAGCGGCGCCAGGUGAAGUGCAUCAACACGCAGACGGGGCAGGUGGAGGAGGACAGCAGCCUCUGCGACCACGAGCCCUGGCCCGAGAGCACGCAGAAGUGCAACCCGCAGGACUGCGAAGGCACCGAGGCGGGCUUCGUCUGCGAGCGCGACCGCUUGACGUUCGGCUUCUGCCAGACCCUGCGGGUGCUGGGAAGGUGCCACCUCCCGACGGUCCACGUCCAGUGCUGCCAGAGCUGCCGCCAGCACGGGCACCACGCGCCCGGCCGGGACCGCGGGGACGAGCGGGCCUCCAGGAGGUGACAGGACCGUCCCCGAGGGCAGAAAGCACCAGGACCCGCGGCGGCUCCGGGAGCAGCCCUGCGGCACGGCAGGGAGCUGGGGACCAGCCGGGUGUGCUGCUCUGUCGCCACACGGUGCUCUUGCAAAACACAGGGAAGGCUUGAUUUGUUGUAUUUGUGCUCCACGUAACGGUGCUCAAUCCUUCAGUCUGAAAAACAGCGUCUGGCUCGGGCUGGGUGCGUGGGUCCCACGGGGAAUGUGCCGGGGCGGGCGCAGCUCUCCGUCGGGGUUGCAGCCAGCACUGAGCGAUCAAAGAGAAAGCGUUUUAGGGAAGGGAAACUUAAAGCAGCAAUAAUUUGGGGGAGACUUCUCAGAAAUGCUUAUGGUGCUAUCAUUUGACAUUUUAAGCCUCUUGAUGGUGUUGGCAGGCCAGCACGAAACUCUUGACUUUUAUUGUUAUUUUUAUAUAUGUAAGUGAGUAUCUGUCAUUCCACCACUACAGCUGACCAUUUGGAGUCAUUUUUUUUUUCCCUUAAGGGACUGGAAGCUGGCAACCCAUUUCUGUAAUUUUCAUUGAAUUGUUUACGCACUGAAGCUAAAUAACCAUAAUUUAAGAAAUGGAGAGAGAUCAGAGGCAGAAAGCUUUCGGCUUCAGUUCCCACCGAAAGUCCCAGGCUCACAGUGCACGCAAGGGCUCUGCCCUCUUCAUCCCACUGCCGGCUUCUGCUGCAAAGCCAUUGCCCACGCUCGUGGGCGGUGUGGAGGCACUGGUUAGGGACAUCAAGGCAUGAAUGACAUGAGUCUUGCUCUGGAGUCGGACAGCGUAGGCCCUUGCAUGUACUGAUGACAGAGAUGGGAAGCGGCUCUGGCCCCAGCUGUGAGCCUCUGCCCGGCAAACACCGCGCUCUUACCUUGGCUGCGUGGUUCCUCGCGGAAGCCCGACUGGCAAAGUGAAUUGUACUCACACAACUGGAUUUCUGUAUGCAGUUACGGCAUAGAAGUGUAAUGGUUGGUUAAGGUGUUUUUCUGUGCUCUUGCCAAGCUAAAACCCUUCUUUCUGCUUAUAUAGAGUCACUUCUGUUAAGGUUAGUCGAUUCUUUUAUCUAGAGUAUCUGCUAUUGUACGAGCGGCACCUCGGCUUGCGCAGCCCUCGCAGCCGGUGCUCGUGUGUUAAUCCUCGGUGGCCUGGGGAGGUUUUGCUCUUAGGUUGGUUCCUGGAGGGCGUCAGGCGCGUCUCGGUGGCACGUCCUUUCUGUGUUACUCUUCAGCCUAUAGAUGAAACUGGGGAGACCGUGAACACAACCCUGCUGGCGCUAAACUGAACGGAAAAAGGACUGAGCCCGGCAUGAGCUGCACUGUAUUGAGCAAUGCGGUCACAGAGUCCAGGAUGGAUUUUUUUCUUAAUUUGUACUGUCUGGGACAACGUGCAGUACUGCCGCGUAACAAGGGAAAUUCCUGUGUGUAACUUGUAUGUAAAACACAAGCCCAGACUUCACUGUUUGUGUUGUACUCCUUUCCAAUGUGGUGUAAAUUUGUAUGUUUAAAGAG